AUGAAAUGGUCAGAGUUAGAAGCAGGGGUAACAGGGUGCAAGGUGCAUCCAAAUAACAAGCAACUACCUGGUGUUUGCUCUUCUUGCUUGAGAGACAAACUCUUAAUCCUCUCCAACAAACAAGCAUCUUCUUCGUCUCCUCCUUCUUCAAAUUAUAUGUCUCCGGCUUAUCGCGGCCACCACAGGCAUGUUUCGAGUGUCAUGGACUCUGUAUCUUCUAUGAUUAGCUUGAAUUAUGGGUUGAAGAGGAGCAGGACCAUUGCUUUUGCUUCAGGAAGCCUGCGCAGAGAAAAGGAAGUCAAUCGGAACAAGAAGGAAAGUAAGAAAGGUGGUUUAUGGUCCAAGCUACUCAGAUUAACAAGAAAGAACACCAAUGAGGCCUCCAUGCAUUCAGGCAAUGAGUGA